AUGUAUUCGUACUCGCAGGACCUUCGUUUUCUUGUCCUUUCUCCCAUUCACUAUGGCCCCGAUGAGAGCGCGGUCGACGACCAGCCCGCCGUGAAUGACAGCCUGCCCGUCUUCCCUACGCUGCACCGUUCCGACAGCACCUCAUCGACGGACAGCACUGUCUCCCGGAUGAGCGAGACGGACUCGCGACUGCCCAGCCAGUUCCUCUUCCUGGGUUACCCGCCCGUCCGCCGCGAGGAGACAACAUCUCGUCGCCCGUCCGCCGCCGCGCCUUCCCCGAGCGGGUUCCUCUUCCUGGGCUACGACAAGCCGUCUCCUACGCGGGCAAGGCCCACGCCGGCGUCCGCAGCACGCAAAUCCAUAGGACCCCCCAUGGGCUUCCUCUACCUCGGCCACGAUUGA